AUGAUAGCAACGACAUGGUAUGAGAUUCUAAGUAGAAUUUUGGACCUGAUUUCACGUGUAGGACAGGACUUUGGUCACAAAGCCUUCUGGGAAUCCCUCGUCAAGAAGCGUGCUGAAGUUGAAAGAUUCUUGUACUACGUCGAGACGCGGGCCUAUCAACUCAUCCUACAGGCACAGAAUGCGCUUUGGGUCUUGGAUCGCGACCCUGAUGCUCACGAACCAGGAGACUGCUCAGGCUAUGGCGACGAAUCUCUUGGUCGCGACGUGUCCUUCCAUUCUAUAGAGAGCGACCGGGGUGCGGCUAUCGACGAUCCUCUGGAGGCGGUACUGCGCGAGAAGUCUGUGGAAUUUCUGGAGAAGAUUAGGUCUCGUCUGGCCCGAUACUGCGCUCCUUCUGGAUCUAAGUAUCACGAUGAACGACUAGAGGUCAUAUACGCCUAUGUGCGCCGCGGAAUUUUCACGGAGCCGGCCCUUAUGUUCUUGUCUCAGAGCUACGGUAGUGUCAUGGCGCUUCUCAGCGAUGAUAACCUGGACUUGGUGACCUUAGAAAAGAUCUGGAAUGCUGUCAAGACUUUGUGUGUCCACGAUAUCAGAGAUGCGGUGGACGACGUUCUGCGGGCCAGUGGAGAAGGCGACUACGUGAUGGUCUUGGGGGGCAAGGUUUUCAAGGAGGCCAGUGGUGAGGAGUGGCCUUUGCACGCCUGGGGCCAUAUGAUGGCAAUUUAUCAUUGCUACUCCUGCCUCCGCACGACGUGUAAGACGGUGGACGAAAUCAUUGCCAUGACUCGAUUUGCCUUGUUCUCCGAGACAACCCUCUCCCAAUCGUAUAUGAAGUACGAAUACGGCUUCGACGGUGCGAAAGAACUGAUACUGGCAGGUUUCAUUCCCAGUGACAUACCGCUCUCCUCGCCUCGGCACUCCAUCGUCUGCACGGAUAGCAAUUCUCAGUCGUUUGGGCUCAUGUGGGAGGAGACGAAGCGCAACUUAUCUCUGUACGGCUCCCUAUCUCUCAAUGACGCUAAAGCACAAGCCUUUGUCAACGCCUGCAUCCGACAUCCUGACCUGAUGGUCAUGUUGCGCAAGGGGGCAGACGGGCGUGUCAUCCGCUCGCGGCCGGUGGUAUGGACCUCGCGGAAGCGACACGCGCGGAGCCGGUCGGCACUCGCAUCCGUACCAUGGGAGAAGACUCGUAACAUUGUGCGCUGCGAGGACGAUGACCUGGAAGAGGCGCAACCCUCGGGAUGGAGCCACGAGAAGAUCGCGGACUGCUUGAUGGUGGUGCUCGUUGAUGGCGGCGAGGGCAACAUGGGUGACUUUGUGCAUAAGCUGGUGGAGAUUUGGUGCCAGGUGUACCAUGUCAAGGAUAAGAAAGAGCUUUACUCCGCAUUGGAAACACCGUUCGUAGAGGCUGGGGAGCUCGAGCAGUGUACUUGUGACCAACACGUCACAUCCAACGUGAUGAGCGCGUAUGAGAGUUUGUGGGGGACCCCGCCGCCACCUUGGUUAGUAGAGAAUCCAAAUAGGUUCCGCCUGGCGACAGAUUCAUUUUGA